AUGGACCCCUGCGCAGGUGGGAAUGGAUGUGCCCACAUCUGUCAGAGUGAGAGUGGGAUGGCCAGGUGUGCCUGCCACCCGGGGUACCAGCUGCUUGAAGACAAAAAGGCCUGUGGAGAUAUAAAUGAAUGUGCUGAAGGGAUUGCACACUGUGGCCAUCGCUGUGUGAACACCAUGGGAUCAUUCACUUGUGCCUGCCAUCCUGGCUUUGAGCUGGGAGCUGAUGGAAAACAAUGUUACAGGAUUGAAUUGGAAAUUGUCAAUAGCUGUGAAAAUAACAAUGGUGGUUGUUCCCAUCACUGUGAAAAUGCAGCUGGUGGACCCAGUUGUUCCUGUCACCAUGGACACCAACUUGAUUCAGAUGAGAAAACAUGCAUAGACCUUGAUGAAUGUGAGAGUGGAGAAGCCUGCUGUGCCCAGCUCUGCAUCAACUACUUAGGAGGCUAUGAGUGUGGUUGUAAGGAAGGAUAUCAUAUCAGUCCAGAUGGUUGUGGAUGUGAUGAUGUGGACGAGUGUCUGGAUGUUAAUAUAGUCUGUGAUCAACUGUGCAUCAAUUCUGUGGGAACAUAUGACUGUACUUGUGAAGAAGGCUAUAGAAUUGGAAGUGACGGGAAAACUUGCAUCGCUUUAGAUGAUGAUGAGUUAGAAGAAGAUGAAUUGGAAGUUGUGAGGUUCCCAGGCCUUGUAUUUAAGAGCCCACCUCAACUGCUUCAUUAUGUUGCUGCCUCUGUGUCUCCUACCUAUGAAGAUGAGGAGGAGGAGGAGGAAGAAGAUAAAGAUAUCCGAGGAGCACUUACUGCAUUGGGCAAAGUUGUCUGUUUAGAUGGCACCUUUGGACAUGAUUGCAGUUUGAGCUGUGCGGACUGCGUGAAUGGAGGCACAUGCCGGGAAGGGAGGAGCGGGUGCACCUGCCCAACUGGCUGGGGUGGCCUUCUUUGCAAUGAAACUUGUUCUCCAGAGGUCAGUGGGAAAUGGUGUAGCAGCAUCUGUCACUGCCAGAAUGGAGGCACCUGUGAUGCCCUGAAUGGGCAGUGCCAAUGCCCCUCUGGAGUUCACGGAGCAGCCUGUGAAACCGGAUGCCCAAAAGGAUUUUUUGGGAAGAACUGCAAGAGGAAAUGUAACUGUGCCAACACUGGUCAUUGCCACAGGGUUUAUGGGGCCUGUAUGUGUGAGCCGGGACGCUACGGGCGCUUUUGUCAUCUGAACUGUCCCAGGGGGACCUACGGAGCUGGCUGCUCUUCAGAAUGUCAGUGUGUGGAGGAGAACACCCUGGAAUGCAAUGCCAAAAAUGGUAUUUGCACCUGCAAAUCUGGUUACCAAGGCAACAGAUGCCAGGAAGCCUGCCCUGAUGGCCUCUGGGGACCAGAGUGUCAGUUCUCCUGUGGACCCUGUGAGAAUGGAGGUCAAUGCAACAAACAAGAUGGGAACUGUGACUGCACUCCUGGUUACACGGGAAAAUCCUGUACCAUACCUGCCACCAAGUGGGCCCCACCUCCAGGUGACUCCGAGUACAGUGGAAAGCAUGCUGUCCAAACCUGUGGAAUCCUCAUGAUUGUUCAUAGCAACAUGCAGACCUCUCCUAACAGACAGAUACUGACUUCUUUCCAGGGAGAACUUCUCUCCAGGGAAUACAUUAGGAAAGACUAA